GUGUGUGUAUUGUGUGUAAUGUGGAAACAGGUAUCCCUCAAUGCGUUCCUGAAAAACAGCGGACUCAAUCACAUGGAUCAGAGACACUCGGCACAACCUGAUGCUAAAAGACACCAAUGUGGGCAGUGUCUGUACAGCACGGAUCACAUUGGCAACAUGAAGAAUCAUGAGAGGACACACACUGGAGAAAGGCCCUUCAAGUGCCCCACGUGUGGGAAGGGAUUUUCCGAGGCAGGAUCUCUUAAUGUUCAUCAGAGAACACACACAGGUGAGAAGCCCUUCAAGUGCACUGUGUGUGUGAAAACAUUCACAAAUUCAGGAAAUCUUAUUAUUCACCAGAGAACGCACACAGGCGAGAAGCCCUUCAAUUGUACUGUGUGUGGGAAGGCAUUUACCCGGUCAGGAUAUCUUAAUAUUCACCAGAGAACACACACAGGCGAAAAGCCCUUCAAGUGCACUGUGUGUGGGAAAGCGUUUAACCAGUCAGGAUCUCUUCGUAUUCACCAGAAAUCUCACACAGGUGAAAAGCCCUUCAAAUGCACUGUGUGUGGAAAGGCAUUUACAUGGCCAGCAGAUCUUCAUAUUCACAAGAGAACACACACAGGCGAGAAGCCCUUCAAGUGCUCUGUGUGUGGGGACACAUUUAUAAAGUCUUCACAUCUUUGCAAUCAUCAAAGAAUACAUACAGGAAAAAAACCCUUCAAGUGCACUGUGUGUGGUAAAGCAUUUGCACGGUCAGGAGUCCGGAACAAGCAUGAGAAGAUCCACAAGGAGAAAAAAGUAAAAUCACCAAGUGAAAUUCAGAGUGUUGCAAUGAGCUUAUCUAUCAUGAAACAAGAACCAGAAGAAAACUCCAGCUUUGCAUCGUGGCCAGAAGUAAAGGUGAAAUGUGAAGAAGUGAAGCUGGAAUGUGAAGAAAUGAAGCUGGAAUGUGAAGAAGUGAAGGUGGAAUGUGAAAUAUUGAAGGUGAAAAGUGAAGUGAAAUGUGAAGAUGAAGAUUCGACUUCAGGACCCGACCUCCAGGUGCAUGGCAGCAACGUGAAGCAGGAGGAGGAUUCGGACUGUAAGGGAGAGGGAGGCGAUCCCCAGAAGUUUGUGGAUGUGGAGGUGUGGGUCGACUUUUUGGAAAAAGCAGAAUAGGAGGGCCCUGCACAUGUGAAGUGUAGUCUGGGAAGAUCUGUAACCAAGAGUGUGACACAAAGAAGUUCCAUAGCAUUCACCUUAUUUACAGACUCGGCAGCACCGAGCCAGUUAUCAUAACCUGGGGCAAAACCCUUGGCAGGGAUUAACUAUGAAACUCAAAUAUGCUUGUCCAGUUUAUCAUAGUAUGAGGCAAAGGCCCUGAACAAUCAGUGACUGGCAAGGAAUGUGGACCAGGGUAUAAGAGACGAGAGCAAGAGAGAUGAGUUCUGGAUGUGGAGUGCUGAAGCCUGGUGAUAACGAUUCUGGUGAGACAGCUGACGUGAAGGGGCCUUCUCAACACAUUGCCCCAGCGGUCUCCAGAGAGGUCCAUCCCUCAUUGGGGAUAGUUGCGCGGCUCUCCACCAAGCUCGCCACGUCUCCCCACCAAGCUCGCCACGUCUCCGUUUGCGACGGUCAUGGCCAGGAGGUGCGCUGCAGACACUGGAAGCCGGGGCCCAUCAGGAGGAGAGCACGGAGGACUAUCAGCCACCACCGUUGCAGGUGGAGGUUGCGACCCCUCGGCAGUGCCUCUCGGGCCUGCGAGCAGGGGCCACUGAGUUCAACCCACAGUGAUUGGAUGGAGUUUGUUAGGUGAUUCAGAUCUGCGUAUCAAGCUCAGGACUGGCGGGAAGCUGAGUCUUUGAAAUCGCUUCCCACUGUCCUCAACGAUGAAGCUCUCAGCAUCUGGAAAGGAAUCUCCCCGGCGAAGAAGGCCAAUUCAAAGGCCAAUUCGAUUCCAAGUCAGCACUGGCUUAUUGGGGAAUCAUCAUGCUCGCCGGAAAAGCCUUCCCAAAAGUCGACGAAGAGAACAUCGACUGCAUGGUAGCCGAGCGUCUUGUUAGUUACACCAGGAGGGCUGAUAUCCUCCUGUCCAUCGCAAGUGCAGAUGACAGUACUUCUCUAUGGGUCGCUCAGAAUAUACGAGAGUAUGAAGACCGAAGGUGCCCAGUCCAGAUCCUAGCCCAAGUUGGCAAGGUGACAAGCACAGCAACAGGGGUUGGAAGGCACAAGGCAACACCCGAUGCUGCAGCUUCCAUCUGGAGAUUGGUCUGCAGUGCAGAGGGAGCCGACACAUCACCCAUGAAGAUGGCCGUCAAGGAACUCGGAGACCCGAAGCCAGAGCCGGGGUCCAGUAAUCUACCACUGCUAUGGCCAAGGAGGCCACAUCGUCAUCGGGUGCCAAACAGAUUCUGCUCCACCUGGGUUUUCUUCUCGUGAACCAUGGCCGACUACUUCUGCAGGUGGAACCCAGGCGAGUUGUGGCACCUCAGGCCCCCAGCGACAUUCACCACAUUCACAAUCACAGGGUCCCACGAGCCAUACCAGACACCAAUAAGGCAUCACCUACAUGGCCAGGAUCAAUACCCCAUGAUGAACCUAAUCAUCCAUGGCCCGUGUCGAGGACUCGGUGGCGCAAGUUAGCCAGAUGGUUGGUGUGACCUCGGGGACAUCACUGUUCACAGGCUUCGUGGGAGGGGUCAAUGUAUGGAUUCUGGUAGACACAGGGGCAGCGGCGACCAUUAUGUCCAAAAACUACACCCUGUAUACACCCAAUACAUAGCAGCUAAGGGGUGGUCUAUGGGAAUACUGGGGCAGGUGGAGGCUCAGUGUGCAUUGGAGGACUGUCCUUUGCAGGACCGAUUUUGGUCUCCAGCACACGGUGCCCUGCCUAUUAAGGACAGAUUUUCGAAGGAGAAUACCCCUAAAAAUAUUCACAGCAGAGGGGUGUCAACGCCCAUCAGAUACUGCCUCUAUUUUUUAAAACCAACGAAGCAAAGGACAGCAAAUCCGCAGUACAUGCUCUCGUAAGUCAGGACAUAACCCUUCCCCCUUAAGCACAAACACUCCACUGCGCUGCCGCACACCUCUCACCACAAACUAAUCACACUCACACCUCAUCGUUAUGCCGGUCACCAAAACCAUUGAACACCAUGCGUUGAUAGCUGCAGAUACAUUACUGAGAAGGGAUAAACAACUAUUUAUGCAGGUUCGUAAUACCACUAAGACGCGCACUAAGGUACAUGCAGGGACACUGAUUGCAACCAUACUUACUGGGCUCCACAGUCACUGGCCCGCCACAGUAGGGGCCGUUCAACAACCAGAAUCCAAAUACAAUGAUGGAUGGAUGGACACUAUGUCCUUGUGGAACGCAGAGGUAGCUGUACAGGAAUUGAACCACCUUCACCAAUUAUUGCACGAGUAUUUAGACAUUUUUAGCUGGUGCACUUAUGACAUUGGACGGACCUCUGUCCUCAAACACCACAUCAAGACAGGAGACGCUGCUCCGAUUUGAUUAAAUUCCCACAGGAUGAGCCCCAAGGAAAAGGCACAAAUCCAAGAGUGUGCAGGAAUUACUCUAGGCAAAAAUUACCUGGGGUACUGGUGAAAAAAUCUAAUGGGUCCUCCCAAUUCUGUUUUGACUUCUUGUGCCUCAACAACAUCACUCUAGUGGAUGCAUAUCCCUUCCCAAGGAUAGACGGCUCUCUGGACACCUUCUCUGGGCCCACAUUUUUCAGCACCUUGUCCUGCAGAUUUUGGCAAAUGCCACGAGCGAGCAA